UUGAACAACCCUUCUUUUUUUUUACUUCUCUCUGUGUGAGCACAGCCGCCAGCAGCGGGCUGAGAUCUGUACUUUCCUGGAGCAGCGACAGCGCCAUGGGUCUGUUCAGCUUUCUGAGUGCCAUCAUCACCAGAGCUUUGUUCAUCCUGCUUUCACUGGUCGCCGUCUGGAGGGUGAUAUGGGUCAAAAAACAUCCAUACUACUGGCUGCUGACUUUGCUCUUUCUGCCACUUGUUGUUGAAAUGAUAAUAACACUGAGGAAGCGAAAAGGACUGGACUACAAAUGGUUUUCUCCCACAAUUUUUCUGUUUCUCAUCAGUAUCAUUCCCUCCAUCUGGAUCCUGGAGCUCCACCACCAGCAGAACAGAGAGCAGGACGGCAAGUGCAAUUAUGAGUUUUUCACACAAGUUUGGCAAACUGGCAAGAAUGAAUCAUCAGGAAACAGCACAAGUGAUAGUUUUGAGAGACUUCGUCACGUGUUGUCAAAUUUCUGCCAGGACAGCUGGAUCCUUGCUCUUCAUCAGAUUCUGCUCAUCCUUCUCAUCAUAGGGAAGUGGCUUCUCCCUUUAGGAGGCGGGAUCACGAGAGAUCAGCUCUCUCAGCUUCUGCUCAUUUUAGUUGGCACGGCGGCGGACAUCCUCGAGUUUAACAGUGAGACGCUGGCCGAUGUAAAAGAGAACAGUCGCGAGCUGGUUUACGUCAUUUUAGGUGUCUGGACUUGGAGCAUGCUGCAGUUCCCCUGUCAUCUGUGUGUGGUGGGGCCAAUGACCGGCCAGGCAGCUGAUGAGAGCAUCCAGGGAGACUCCCUCUGGUCCAAUCGCAGCACCGACCUGUGGAGCAUCGUGGAGACGCUGUUUAUCCACGACGGCCCCUUCCUGGUUGUCCGGCUCAUUGUCAUGAUACAUUUUGGUACUUUUCACCAAAUGCUUGUUUUCUUUGCCUUUAAAAACUUCCUGGUUGUCGUCCUGAAUAUAUACAGGCUGUGUGUUUUAUACCAUGACUUUAAGUCGUCCGUGCACAGCCCAGUGGGGGGCAGCGCAGACUGAAGAGUCUGAUGAGUCAUCGCUGAGACGGGUUAGAGACAAGGAAAAUAUCAGAUGUCAGACCUAAGAUUCUGCAAAGAUACAAGACUUGUGAACAUUUCAUGUGAAGCAGGAAAAGAAGUGUUUAAUGUUAUCCUGAUCCAAAAGAACGACGAGUUCAGAACAGAAUCUCUGACCUCAUUCAUUUUGUAAUCAAAGGACAUUGCUGUUUGGAUGACUGAUAUUUGGUCAUAACAUUUCUUCAUAGACCUUUGGAGAGUUUAUUUCCCUUUAAGUGAUGCCACAUUUAUCAGAAAAACAAGUUCUUGGGUCAAAGCAGCCGAGUCUACCCAUUAAAAACCGCCAGUAUCCAAAAGCUUAUUCUGCUCUUGACUGGUGUUUUUUGUUUAUUACUGAACUAGAUGACAAAAAAAAAAAAA